AUGAUUCGAGUCCCGAACCUCCCUAGUCUAAGUUGCGGACAGCAGGAGUCGGUUCUUUGGAAAGAAGACCAUGAGGUUCAUAACGCGGGUCCAGUAUCUGCCUCAAAGUUUCUGGAGUCGGAGUCUCUGGAGAGUGAGCUUGAUUUGACAAGUUUACUCUCAACAGCUACUCUCGAUGAUGCUAAUAGUGUGCCGCUUACUACGCCCACGACGCAUUCCACACACGAGUCAACUGCAUCUCUUAGCCAUAAUCGGCAUCAUUCAUUUGACCCAUUAGCACAACAGCCAGAUUAUCUGUGUCAGGAACAAUAUUUGCAGAUUGUGGAACCUACUCCCGUGUUCCCACCUCAGUAUCACACCUUGCCACCAGGAGGCUGUCCUAGAUUUCCAGUACUGGAUAACGCUCAUCCCUCUGAUGACUUACCAUCUUACACACCUGCGGCCUACAAAAUUGGAAUCGUUGCUCGCAAGAUUGAGUGGGUAUCCCCGUUCCAACCAGCGUCUAGUCGAUCGUGGAAGAACGUGAUCAUAGAGCUUAACUCAACGCAGGUAAACAUAUAUCGCAUUCCCUCACAUCUUGAGUCUUACAUCAUGAGCUUUUGCCGUUUAGAGGAGCAAAAUUGCGAACCAAAAGUUCUUCACAAAGACCUUUUAACGUCACAAUUCACGACGCCGAAAGACAUAUCUUUUUUCUCUCUCUGUGUUCAGCUAGGCAUCUUAGCAAAGACACGGGGUAAGGACGAAGCUCAAGGUUCUGCUUCAAAAUUCGCAAAGCCAGAUUUCCAGCUGCGCCUUCUCAGAUCUUACAGCCUUUUACAUGCGAAGGUGGGGCUAGCGAGCGACUACUCUAAAAAGCCGAAUGUUCUUAGACUUCGUCUAGAGAACGAACACGGGUUUCGAAGCACGUUUUUCCAUGUCAAGCAGCGUAUCAGUCCCAGCAAUCCUAUCGAACGGGGUUUUAGUGCUACAACAAACCGCCUAUCCUCUCAGGGCAGCUCAGAUGCUAAGGAGGCAGCUGCGAAUGAGGACAGUAAUGAAACAAGCAUCUCAGACAAGCUGGCACAGCCUUUGGACGAUGGAAACGAAGAUAUUAGUAACUUGAGCGAUCUCCACCGCUCAGACGAAGAUGAUGAAGAUGAGGAUGACGAAGAUGACGAGGUCGACGGUGACAUGGAUGUUGGUGAUCGCAUUGAUAUUCCAACGUACGAUCCACUACAAGCAGCGCCAUUGAAGAAAUCUUCAGAUAUAGAGGAGGCCGAUUUGAACGAAAAACCCUUUGUCAUUCCCGAAAGUUCUGAAAGUGAACGAAGAUUUUUGAAAAAUUGCAUCAAGUGUAUAAAGCCCUUGUGCUUUGAUGAACCUUGGAUAAACAAGACAUUAGUUAAAGCAACCUACAUGUCUCCUGUCGAUAUGAGAUAUUAUGGGAACCAAGCUGGAUUAAAGCAAAGAGCAGAUGAAACAACAGGGAUCUUUACGAAUGUUUCGCCCGAUAUAUCGGCUAAAGGCAAUUUCCCGAGAAGAAAAAGAUGUCUUUCUUUCACGAAACAUCAUGGCUCCGGUCAGUCUCCACCUGUUUGCACACCUAGUCACAAAUUGCGGGAAUAUGUCGUUGGCUCGCAUCUGCUAGUUCCCAGGGAGCUUUGA